AUGUCUGACGGCAAGCCGACCAGCAGCAUGCCGCCCGACAGCAUGCCUGCCAACAACAUGGCAGGCCUUCAGCAGUUCAAGUACUUCACGGCACUCCCAAGGGAAUUGCAGCUCAUGAUCUGGGAUUGCUUCUGGGAGGCGCGUGGCGGUACUGUACACUGUUUCCCACGUGGAAGAGGAUACCCUUUCGACCACCAUUUCCCUCGCACCGUAUUAUAUAUGGCAUACAGACCGUCUGAAAUGCGCCCGGUUGGAGCUAUCGACCUCAAUGAGGAGCUGGAGGCUCUGGCCAAACUGGGCUCCCAACCCCGUGGAGGUUACUGUCGUCUUCCCCUGGAGCUGGACUCUCGCUUCGUACCCGCCGGAAAACAUGGCCAGUUGGAGAUUCGACAGCAUACGAACUACACUUACGUUAGUCCCCGAAACGACCUCCUCAUGUACAGCCCAGGCUAUCCGGAAACACUGCAACCGCUCGAGUCAAGAGCCCAUCAUGUCGGCUUCACCCGACUGCAGUUCAUCCAAAGCGCCGAGGAAUGCAAGGCAAUAAUCAACUUCCUGGGACGCUUCAAAUCCUUGAAGCAAGUGACUGUCAUCAUCGGUCCGGGCGGAACCCUUCUCGACCAGUAUUCCAUGAAGAACACAUCACGGAUUGCGAACCCACCAACCGACAGCUUCGGUUUCGUGCCCUACGACGACGCUCGAAAUUGGCUCGACGCCUAUGGCAAGAAGGCCUCAAGAGAUUCCAGACUCGUCAAGAGAACGUCGAUCUUGAAACGUGCGGAAGUGAAGCUCAGGUCGGAGUUGCAGGCCGUGUUGGCAUUCCCAUGGACAAUUGUGGUGGACCUCCAUGGUAUUCUCGAACCAGAGUCGACCAAACUCGGUCUAUUGGACUAG